AGCCCUUUGCAGUUUGAAUAACUCUAAUCUCCCUUUGACUUGUAGUUGCAACUUGGCAGCAACACUUCAAAUUUUAUGUCUUUUCUGUUUCUUUUUCCUUUUCAAUUCCAAUUAAUACAACUCAGCAAUACCAUUACCACCAACAAGUCUACAGAAUUAUACAUUUCAAUCUCUCUCACCAAGAAGAAGAAGAAGAAGAAGAAGAAGAAAGCUGUCCUCUUCUUGGCAGUGUAAGAAAGCGCAUGCUUCAAAUUAUUUGGAUGGUUGGAAUGGAAUCUUUUCUGUGUUUUCCAUGGAUGUUGCCCUGUAAAGUUUUCAUCUUUCACCUGCUCAACUAAAUUCUGCUCAAGGUGAGGCACAUUUCGAAUCAUCCAUCUACCUGAUAUUAUUUCCCGAUGUUCUUUUUGGCAAUAUCCUGCUAAAUCCACGCCUCUUGAUCUAUGUUAGUGUGAUUAGACUCUAGGCACCAAUGUCAAUCUUAUGUGGCGGACCUCUGCUUGAGGGUGUGUAUUGUCUAGCUUGUGCUCGCUGGGCGUGGAAACGAUGUCUCCACACUGCAGGUCAUGACAGUGAAACUUGGGGUCUUGCAACUGCCGAAGAAUUUGAGCCGGUUCCUCGCCUUUGCCGCUAUAUACUAGCUGUUUAUGAAGAUGAUCCUCAACACCCUCUCUGGGAACCUCCUGGAGGGUACGGAAUAAACCCAGAUUGGUUAAUCCUAAGAAGAACUUAUGAAGAUAAUCAUGGAAGGGCGCCACCAUAUAUAUUGUAUCUUGAUCAUGACCAUGCUGAUACAGUUCUAGCCAUUAAGGGCCUUAAGUUUUCAAAGGAGAGUGACUAUGCUGUACUUUUGGAUAAUAAGCUAGGGAAAAGGAAAAUUGAUGGUGGGUACGUCCACAAUGGGCUAUUGAAGGCUGCUGGUUGGGUUUUGGAUGUGGAGUGUGACAUUUUGAAGGAAUUAGUGGAGAAGUAUCCGAAUUACACACUGACUUUUACAGGUCAUUCUCUAGGGUCUGGUGUAGCAGCAAUGCUGACACUAUUGGUAGUGCUACAUCGUGAUAAAUUGGGAAACAUUGACAGAAGGAGGAUCAGAUGCUACGCGGUUGCACCUGCAAGAUGUAUGUCACUUAAUUUGGCUGUCAGAUAUGCAGAUGUUAUCAAUUCUGUAGUGCUUCAGGAUGAUUUCUUACCGCGGAUAGCCACGCCUUUGGAAGACAUUUUCAAGUAUCUUUUCUGUUUGCCCUGCCUACUAUGUUUGAGGUGCAUGAGGGAUACAUGUUUACUGGAUGAGAAAGUGAUCAAAGACCCAAGGAGACUGUAUGCACCUGGUCGCCUCUAUCACAUUGUUGAAAGAAAGACUUACAGAUUGGGAAGAUUCCCCCCAGUUGUGAGGACAGCAGUGCCAGUAGAUGGGCGUUUUGAGCGUAUAGUUUUUUCUUGUAAUGCAACUUCUGAUCAUUCAAUCAUUUGGAUAGAAAGAGAAGCCCAGAGGGCAAUGGAUGCAAUGGUAGAGAAAGAUGAUAUCAUGGAGAUCCCAGCAAAGCAAAGGAUGGAACGACAGGAGACUUUGGCCCGAGAACAUAGAGAGGAGUACAGGGCUGCGCUACAAAGAGCUGUUACACUCCCAGUUCCCCAUGCCUAUUCAUCUUCCAAGUAUGGAACUUUCAAUGAGAUGGCGGAUUCGCACAGAUGGAGUGGGGAAUCUUCUUUUGGCUCUUCGAAGACAAGAGAGAACUGGGAUGAAUUGAUUGAACGCCUUUUUGACAAAGAUGAAUCUGGUCACAUGGUUCUCAAGAAAUCAAAAAGGGAUGAUUGAUCAUUAUUUUCAACUUGAAAAAAAAAUGAAAAAGAGAGGGGAUAUGUUUGAAAAAAAAGACAUUAAUCCAUUAUUCAAAAGAUUAUAGGUGAAAAAUAUAAAUAGUUAAUGCUAAGAUGAUGUUAUUGGCGGCAA